UGCGCGCACCGCCGUUUAAGAAGCCAGAGGACACAGCUUGCCAGUCCUCAUCCGGCUCACACAGCCACGCGCGCGCAUCACCGUGAGAUCGUUUCUUCCCCGUGCCAGCUAUACCUUCGAGGCUUCCAAGUCUCAUCUCUUUCUCCAAAGUCGGCUCAAUACCCUCUCAAAUAUUUCCAAGAACCCUUCCACAGCACCACCCCCGCGGCCACACCCCCCCACCCCGCCCAAAAGAAAGAAAAAAAAAUUCUUAUUCCUCUCGUUCGUUCCCUUGGCAGGCGCCCAUUUGAGCCCAUAUCUACGUCAUGGACGAUUUGACCUCCAAGAAAUGUGUGCCGUGUAAUUCAAAGGAUAUUCAACCAAUGUCUGAACAGGCAGCUAAUGAACUACUUCAACAGGUACAAGGUUGGAAUUUGGUGAAUGAAGAUGGUGUUGUGAGGUUGCGUCGAUCAUGGAAAAUGAAGAGUUUCACAAAAGGAGUGGAGUUUUUUCAACUUGUGGCAGAUGUUGCUGAGGCAGAGGGGCAUCAUCCUGACCUUCAUUUGGUUGGCUGGAACAAUGUCAAAAUUGAUACAUGGACUCAUUCCAUUGGAGGAUUGACUGAAAAUGACUUUAUACUUGCUGCCAAGAUCAAUUCUCUCCAUGUGGAACAUCUUCUAAGAAGGAAAGCUGCUGUUUAGGAAUAUACAUAUGGAAUUCGUGCGGUGAGUCCGUGACUCGAUAUUGCAGUAUUAACUGUGCUCUGCUUCUGGUGGGUUGUUGGUUGCAUUUAGCAUAGCUAUAUGGGUGAUGAGAUCAUUGCAUAAGCCAGAUUUUGUCAUACGUUUCUUGCUUCUGUUCUAGGCGAUAGCCAUGUUAUGGAUGAUUACAUGAGCCUGUAGCUUUAAGUCAGGAAAUUCUACAAUAGUUAACAGAUUUGUGAAUAUGAUGUAAAUGUUUCAC